AUGCAGCAGCAUCAGUACAUACAGCAGCAACAGCUGAUGGAGCAGCCGCAGAUGAAGCAGCAGCAGAUGAAGAAGCAGCAGAUAAAGCAGCAGCAGCAGAUGCAUCAGCAGCAGAUGAAUCAGCAGCAGCCGAUGAAGCAGCAGCAGCCGAUGAAGCAGCAGCAGCAGACACAACAGCAGCAGCAGAUGAAGCAGCAGCAGCAGACACGACAGCAGCAGAAGAAGAAGCAGCAGCAGAUGAAGCAGCAGCAGAUGAAGCAGAUGCAAGAAUAUGAGACAAAGGAAGAGACAGAAGAAGAAACAGAAGAAGAGGAGAGAUAA